CCACAACAACCACAGCGGCAAAUGUCCUUCCCCCCGCACCACGCCCAAGUCGACUCCCCCGCCUGCCGCUCCGCCAUCCAGCACACCUCCUCCUGGAAGCCCAGCUCGCUCGACCGCCGCCAGAGCUGGAGCUCCCAGGACCAGAAGCACGCGCUGCAGAUGAGCGGCAUCGACGGCGUGCGGUCCGGCCACCAGGGUUUCACCGAGCGG